AUGCAGUGGCACUUGAGCAGACCACUCGAGUCUCCUACCGCUACGGUGUGCCUCGUGUUGGCAUCAGUGUUUGUAGCCUGGCGGCUGGUACUGGUCACCUUGAGGAUCUGGUUCUCGCCGCUGCGCAAUGUACCCGGGCCCAGGCUCGCAGCCGCGACGAGCCUGUGGCUGUACGUCGAAGACAACAAGCCAACGAUUGUGAAGACCAUCCGAAAACUUCACGCGCAGUAUGGGCCGAUUGUCCGCAUCGCUCCCAAUCACGUCAGCAUCAAGGACGCCGACAUAUAUCUGAAAACGAUAUAUCAAAUAGCGUCCAAUUUCAACAAGGAUCCGGCCUUUUAUGAUGCGUUUGCGAACGAAGACGACACCCUCUUCACCGUGCCCAGUUCUGCCGAGCAUGGCUACCAUCGCCGCCUCCUCAGUGGCGGAUUCUCGCGCAAGAGAGUGCUGGAGUUUGAGCCCGAGAUUUGGAAGCUUGCAACAAGCCUGACAACCCUGGUCGACGACCAAUAUGUCUCUGGGAGGCCGGUGGAUUUAACAAAGCUGUUUCGCUCGUUCGCACUCGAUGUUGUCUCACGGUUUUCCUUUGGAGAGAGCUAUGGAGCUCUGUCGAGACCAGACGUUGACGAACCAUUGCUUGACGCGUUUGAUCAGUUCGGUCGGGCAAGUUUCUUGCUGAUGAAUUUUCCGACCAUCAGGAAGUUGCUACAGCCACUCAUAAUAAGAUUACCGGGAGAAGUCUUUCAAGCAAUCCCCAGUAUGACCAAUCGUGUAAUGAACUCGCUUGGUAGGUUGGACAAUAUCGAAAAGGGCAAGUUUCUUCCUGUGCUUGCCUCCAUCAAAGAAGCUGGCUUGCGACAGAACACGCAACUACCUAAACAAUACCUCGCGGCCAACGGCAUCGGAAGCAUUGUGGCAGGCACCGAUACGACCGGCUUUACUCUAUCGGUGGGCAUCUGGGCGAUUUUCAUGAACGACAAGAUUCGCCGGCGUCUGCACUCCGACCUGAAAGAAGUGUGGCACGACAGAGACGCUCACCCUGGAUUGCGCGAUCUUGAAGCUCUGCCAUAUCUGCAGGCUUGUGUCCGCGAAUCGCUGCGGCUGGCAACACCGAUUCGUGGCAGGCUCCCACGUCUCGUGCCGCCCGAAGGCAUGACAGUCAGACUCCCGGCUGCGGGGUGGAAGGAAUAUCAUCUUCCAGGAGGAACGAGUGUGUCGUCUUCAAUUUACUUGAUGCAUUACGACGAAGCGGUAUAUGACGAUCCCGAGACUUUCAACCCCGAAAGGUGGCUCGUGAAAGAUCCGGAGCUACUUCAACGCCGAGAGCGGCAGCUGGUGCCGUUUUCGUCCGGCUCCAGGAUCUGCAUCGGCCUCAACAUCGCCAUGGCCGAGCUCUACGUGUGCAUCGCGACCACUGUCAGAUGGUAUAUGGCUAAGGAAGUGCUCGACCGCGAACUAAUUACCGAGGAGCAGUUCACGACCUUAGUCCCGGGUGGCCUGCAGGCUAUUUUGGUCCCAGCCGACGAUUGA